AUGGCCUCAGAACCUCGUCAUUUUGAAGUCUACAAACAAGAGUUAUACAAGGAACAAGUAGACUUGAGCGCCAGUGGCGUACUUCUGCAUACGAUUGCUCGAGCCUUGGAGUGGACCACUGACGUGUCUUCGGUGGUCUACUCGCCUCACCCUCGUCUGAUCUGUUCCGAGAAAAAGCUCAUGAAGGAUCUACUUCCGAGAGACUCUACGAGUAGCGAAGGCCAAUUCGAUGGUCACCCAGCCGGUCUGUCUAGAUCUUCCACGCAUCCCUUUCGUCAACUGAUCGGAGCUAUUCAUCUCGCCGAGUUCACUGGUAUUCGGGAGCUGCGCAUCCUUCCUUUCGAUGAUAGGAAGCCUGGCACCCCAUUCACUUUCGAUUUCUUCAGCUUUCCUGAUGCUUCUGAUAUUCAGGCUGGUCGGUUUCUGUUCCAGAACCUAACAUCAUUGGAACUCCAUAUCAGAAUCCUUCUUAUUCGCGACAAUAUGAGAGCGGGGUCAUUCGGGACAUCCACAAAUAAAGAAAGACAGGCGCUUGCUCACCUUAGUCAUUUACUGGCAGCCACUAAUGAGCUGCGGCAUCUCAUCUUGCACGUUGGUGGCUGGGAUCCUGUGGAAGGUUCUGCGCGUCAGCUGGAGCUAGGGCCUCGCGCACCUGUCUUCAAUUGUCUUGGGCUCCGUAAGACUUGGCUGAAGUUGCGAUCCCUCAGCCUUGGUGGUCUUCACUCGAGCAGCGACGAAUUCCUGGACUUCGCCAGGCGACACAGAGAUACGUUACAGUCUCUUCCAUUUCAAGAAUGUAGUCUGCCUUCUGGAACAUGGGCUGAGAUCGUUGACGAAGUGGUUCAUAACAGCCACACCAUCUCCUCGUUUUUCUUGCGCUCAGUCAACGAGACAUAUAUUCCGAUUGACAAUGGUACUAUCCUGAGUCCAGCGGAGCUAGAUGAAUGGAAAUAUGAGGGCCAUAUCGAGGUUUCUACGGAUGGCGAGCGCAAGUUUGUGGAGAUAGAGCCGACGAAGAAUGCCCCUUACCACACCGCGACCCUCAUCCACAACGCAGAGCCGCUCAUAUCCUAG